GGCUCGCCCGAAACGGAACAUUAUUCUUCAAGCAACCACGAAAGUACGUGGUGCGUGCGGAGCAGAUUUGUUUUAGUGUUAAGUAAUUUAUAUAGUUAAACAAAUAUGAGGGAAAUCGUGCAUAUCCAAGCUGGUCAGUGCGGCAACCAAAUCGGCGCCAAGUUCUGGGAGAUUAUCUCCGACGAACACGGCAUCGACCCAACUGGCGCCUACCACGGCGACUCGGACUUGCAACUCGAACGCAUCAAUGUUUACUACAAUGAGGCGUCCGGUGGCAAGUACGUGCCCCGCGCCAUCCUUGUGGACCUCGAGCCCGGCACCAUGGACUCAGUCCGCUCUGGACCUUUCGGACAGAUCUUCCGACCUGACAACUUCGUAUUCGGACAAUCCGGUGCUGGCAACAACUGGGCUAAGGGUCACUACACAGAAGGCGCUGAGCUCGUAGAUUCAGUAUUGGACGUAGUCCGUAAAGAAGCUGAAUCAUGCGACUGCCUCCAAGGCUUCCAACUCACACACUCCCUCGGCGGCGGUACCGGCUCUGGUAUGGGAACACUCCUAAUCUCCAAAAUCAGAGAAGAAUACCCUGACAGAAUCAUGAACACAUACUCAGUCGUACCCUCGCCCAAAGUUUCAGAUACAGUAGUAGAACCUUACAAUGCCACACUCUCAGUACAUCAGUUAGUAGAAAACACCGACGAGACCUACUGUAUUGACAACGAAGCUCUCUAUGACAUCUGCUUCCGCACGCUCAAACUAUCCACACCCACGUACGGCGACCUCAACCACCUCGUGUCGCUCACAAUGUCCGGCGUCACCACCUGCCUUAGGUUCCCCGGUCAGCUGAAUGCGGAUCUCCGCAAGCUGGCCGUGAACAUGGUUCCGUUCCCACGUCUCCACUUCUUCAUGCCCGGCUUCGCGCCGCUCACAUCUCGCGGCAGCCAGCAGUACCGCGCGCUCACCGUGCCCGAACUCACCCAGCAGAUGUUCGACGCCAAGAACAUGAUGGCCGCGUGCGAUCCGCGCCACGGCCGCUACCUCACGGUGGCCGCCAUCUUCCGUGGCCGCAUGUCCAUGAAGGAAGUGGACGAGCAGAUGCUCAACAUCCAGAACAAGAACUCGUCGUACUUCGUCGAAUGGAUCCCCAACAACGUGAAGACCGCCGUGUGCGACAUCCCGCCCCGUGGUCUCAAGAUGGCCGCCACAUUCAUCGGCAACUCCACCGCCAUCCAAGAGCUGUUCAAGCGCAUCUCGGAGCAGUUCACGGCUAUGUUCAGGCGCAAGGCUUUCUUGCAUUGGUACACCGGCGAGGGCAUGGACGAGAUGGAGUUCACCGAGGCGGAGAGCAACAUGAACGAUCUGGUCUCGGAGUACCAGCAAUACCAGGAGGCCACCGCCGACGAGGACGCGGAAUUCGACGAGGAACAAGAGCAAGAGAUCGAGGAGAACUAAGUACCUUGUUCCGACUCCUUCACACUCGCCGCCCCACCCUGUUUCUUCGAGCGUUUUCAUAAUUUGCUUCAGUAGUUUUGUGUAUGUUUUGAAUGUAUAGUCCCCGGUCCAGGACACGUCGGUGUUGCGGUUACAUUUACAUUCCCGGUGUUAUCUCCGAAGGGCGCUCUCAGGAUGUUUAUGACCAUAAACGUUAACCUUAAGACGACCCCUUCACGACCAUCUGGUGCUGUGAACACUGUUGACACAAAAGUAAAGAUCUUUUGUUUGAUAAGGCUGAACUUUGAUUUAAUUUCUAAGUUAAUUUUUUUAAUCUUUGUAACCAGUGUGAUUGAGUUUAUGUCAGCUUUUGUAACUGAAAAGCUAAAAUAAUUGUCGUACAAUUUUUCGAUGUCGAUCAAGAUUUUUAAUUAUUAUAUUCCAGCUGGUGAAUAAUAAAUUACAUGAUUUUA